CUGAGCUAUGGAUUCCAGGUGUCUUAAAUAUAGGCAGUAUGCUGAUAAAGCCCUUCUUUUGAUCUGGCCCCAAGUGAUUUGCCAAAGGUCUCCCAGGAAUGUCCAAGACUGGGAAAGGAUUGAACCUGAGCUUCCCAAGCCCCGGCUACUGCCCUAGUCACUGGACCUUUCCAAACCUAAGAGUUUAUAUCAGUGAUAAAAAACAGGUCAUGGAAAGAUAAGUGACAGUUCAGACACUUAAUGGCAGACAGAAUGAGGUAUGUUGUGGCAACAGUACAAUUAUGAUAUCAGCAGAGUAUGGAAUCGCAUGACAUCAUUAUGGUUGUUUGGAGAAUGAAUUUGAUUUGGGUUUGAAUAGCAUGCAUCUCUCUGAUUUGAACAGGGGCAGCUGGUGUUGAGUUAUCUGCAUAGGGGACUUGCACAGAGUAGGCUACUACGUGUGACACCAAUGUCUACCUUAUUGUCCUCCUCUACUCUUGUACCCGAGCCAGCUAUGUCUUUGCAGGACAGUGAUGGAGAUACUUUGACAUCAUCAGAUGUCUCCCACUUUGAGACAGAAUCUCUGCAAAUUAAGGACCAGGAAACCCAAGCUGAUGUGGAGCAGCUCAGUAAUCUGGAGAGCUCAGAGUAUUCCUCCCAAGUAGCGGGGGCAGAGUUAAGAGAAAUGCAGACAGGCUUUGAACUUACUGUGCAGAUAUCCCCACUCAAAGACAACAAGAAGCAGCAAGAGCAUGUGACGAUGGAUCUCCCCAGAUAUAACCCAGCAUUGUCACAUAUACUAGAUGAUGUGACAAAGAGCCUGGAUGGUAAGAGCCAUGCAGUACAUUUGGAGCCCAGGGCAAAGAGAGAAGGUGAUACUUUGCAGCCAGAAGCAUUCAGCAGUGAGGAUGAGAUGAACAAUCUGGAGGAGCUGGAACAGCCGUGCACGGGGCAGGUCACGGCAGUUGAUCUUGAUUUGGAGAAGAUCAGGUGGAACUCUGCAAUGACCAGGCUGAAGUACGAAUAUGAAGAUAAUGAAAAGCAAAGGCAGCAUGAGGAGAAAAUGGAGCAGAUACAGCAGCAGACAGCACAGAGAUCAUUUAUUCAAGGACUCCAUGACCUACCCCGGCUGCAGAACCAGCAUGCCUUGUUUUUAUACUGCUUCAUCUUUAUACAUGUCAUUUACACAGUGAGGGAGCUGGCUUUCUAUUUCAUUAUGAGGCAUUACAGCUUCUGCUUUGCCAUUGUGCUCUAUUUCUUUUUCAAGAAGAUUUUUCUGGAUUACGUAAAUAAGAAAAAAUGUUCCUAAAGCAACAGCACAUUCUCUACAGCUAAAGAUGCUGAUCUAUCCCCAUUUCUUUUUACUUUUUUUGCUUUGCAGCUCCGCUGUUCUUUCCUAACUACACUGAGUAUUUCCACUAUUGUUAUAUGAAAAAGGAUGUAACUUGUGCAAGUGUAACCUAUUCUCUUUCAAAAGUUGUUGCUGAAUAUCAUACAUUCCUUGCUCUCUUGUUAACAUAUUCAGCGUGAUUCUGUCACAUUCACCAAUACUAA